AUGGCAGAUAUUGAUGAUGGUACAUCUGCACCAGCGGAGCCUCUUGAUUUGGUGCGACUUUGUCUCGACGAGGUUGUUUAUGUGAAAUUGAGGGGAGACAGAGAAUUGAAAGGAAGGCUACAUGCUUAUGAUAGUCAUUGCAAUUUAGUAUUGGGGGAUGUGGUAGAGACAAUUUAUGUUGUGGAGGAGAGCGAAGAAGAUGAUGGAGAGGAGAUCGUGAAGACGGUUGUCAAGAAAUCUGAGAUGUUAUUUGUUAGAGGCGACAGUGUUAUACUUAUCUCACCCAGGUCUUCAUAAAAUCAGACACCGACAUGCCGUUACGCAACAAAAACGAGAAAUCUUUCUAGGAAAGAGAGACCACGAAGGUUGGAGGUUGAGAGAACGAUACGGCAGGCAAAAAGGGGCAAAUUCCACCACGAUCUGGCCGCAAAUACCAAAAUUCGAGGACCACAAAGGCCGGGAAGGAUAGAUAGGCGCGAGACGG